GCCCCAAACUCAAAAACAAAAAGAAAACAACCCGCUAAGGCUUUAAGCCUUAAAGCCUUGGUCUUCGUGGUUUGGGAGAACCCGAGUCCGACUCCGAAUCCAAUUUGGUCUGCGUCGCCUUCGUUCCAACUGAACCCUACUUUCCGACCCAACAUUGAUUCCAUGGUACAACUCCUCCUGCGCGCUACCUUUACCCGCCACUGAUUGGCUCAUUCCCUGCUUUAAUUGUUUUGCCGUUUCAUGAAGGUUUCUCAGUGUGAAGCUCUGAACUGCAAUCAUUAGCUGGGCCAACUCUCGCUGCAGUCAUGGGAAGUGCAUUCAAUCCUCAGAUUUUAGUGGAGAAGCUAGCCAAGCUCAACAGCUCCCAAGCGAGCAUAGAGACUUUAUCACAUUGGUGCAUUUUCCACAUGAAUAAAGCAAGACAAGUUGUUGAAACUUGGGCCAGGCAAUUUCAUUCUUCUCCGCGUGAACAAAGAUUGGCUUUUCUGUAUCUUGCAAAUGAUAUUUUACAGAACAGUAGGCGAAAAGGUGCAGAGUUUGUUGGUGAGUUCUGGAAGGUACUUCCAGAUGCUCUUCGCGAUGUAAUUGGGAGUGGAGAUGAAGUUGGAAGAAAUGCGGCACAACGACUGAUUAAUAUAUGGGAAGAAAGAAAAGUGUUUGGUUCUCGUGGCCAAAUUCUAAAGGAAGAGUUUGUGGGAAGGCAGUUGGAAAGUAAUAAUAGAAAUGGGAAGCAUUUGUUGGUUAGACCGCCUGCUGGAACUUCAUUGGACAAGAUCGUAUCAGAUUACCAAGCUAUAUAUGGCCAGAUGGAUGAAGACACUAUCUUGAGAAAAUGUAAGAAUGCUAUCAACUGUCUUGAGAAAGCAGACAAGGAGGUUGGUGGUGAUUUCAAUUCAGGGCAAUUUCAAGGAGAUACAUUUGCACAGGAGGUACAUGGGCAGCAUGCCAUACUAAGGGACUGUAUUGAUCAACUAACUGCAGUGGAAUCAUCAAGAGCUACUCUUGUGUCUCAUCUGAAAGAGGCUCUUCAGGAGCAGGAAUUCAAGUUGGAUCAACUCCGAAACCAACUUCAGGCGGCACAGUUACAGUCAGAACAAGCCAGUAAUUUCUGCCGUCAGUUAAUGAGUAGCAGCAAUAAUUUGCAGCCGAUAGACCAGAACUCAAAGGAAGCUCAUACCUCUGCAGCACCUCACAGCUUUAUGGCAGUGGGUAGAGAGCAAUCAGCUCCAGUAAUGUACACACAGCAGGUUCCUUUUACCGAAAAGUCUGGUCAUGUGGAGGAAGAUCCUCGCAAGUCUGCAGCUGCUGCAGUGGCAGCAAAGCUAACUGCAUCAACGUCCUCAGCCCAGAUGCUCUCUUAUGUCCUCUCCUCUCUGGCAUCAGAGGGUGUCAUCAGCAAUCCAACUAAAGGGUCUUCUGGUGAUUAUCCAUCUGAAAAGAGACUUAAACUCGAUAAUGAUAACCAAUUGUCACCUUAUGUUCCCCAGAAUCCUAACCCAUCUGCAUCAUCUCCCUUCUCACAUUCUGAAUCACUCCAGCUGAAUGUGUCUACAACCAGCCAACAAUAUACUCCUACCUUGCCACCACUUCCCCCAUCAUCUCCUCCACCAUUGCCACCGUUACCACCAGUAUCACAAUACCCAGUGUCCCAGUAUUUGCAGGCUCCUGGAUCAACAACUUCUGUAUCUUUUAGUUAUAGCAUGGCCCAGCCACAGACUUCCUCAGUGCCUGGUUAUGCACCAGUAGGAGGAGCUCAAGUGAAUGGGCUUCCACCUUUGAUGGCACCAGCAAAUCCUUAUCAGAGUUUUCAGGGUUCAGAUGGUAAAUUUUACAACCAACAAUCAUCGAUGCAAUUGGCGCCAAUGUCUAGGCAAUGAAAUUGUCAGUUUCAGAAGGAAGGAGGCUCUUGCUGAAGUUGAUAAAACCGUCGGGUGUUGCAAAAGUUUUGAAGCUUUCCUUUCUCUCUCUGUAGAGAGGGAACUUGAUUGCUCGUGUGCUUCUGAUUACCUAGCUAGCUAAUUAGAUUUGCACAUAGUAAAUGUCUGUAAUUUGUAUUUUCAGAAGUCAUUAGUUUGUGGAUUUAGAACCUCCGUUCCCGGAGAAUAGGAUAAUAAUGCAGUCGAUCGGUUGAGAUAGAUGAGUUUAGACAACAGUUUCUGUAGUUUCUUGUGACCUAUAUAAUAUAUUCCUUCUGUGAUUCAUUUUCAUUA